ACUACGGCCGCACGCUGCGGAUGACCUUCUUUGGCUUUGCCUUUGCCGGACCCAUCCUGAAUGGCUGGUAUCCGCUGCUGCACAAGGUGACGGCCGCCUUUCGGCGAAACUACCAGCCCGUCUCCGUGAUCCCGCUGCCGCAGUGGCUCGAGAGCCGGCUACCCGGGUGGGUGCCGUCUCCUCCAGCGUGGGCUACCAUCGUGCAGGUGGAGCAUCUCGCAUCACCGAGCGACCGCGCGAGGGAGGUCGCCGUCAAAGUCCUCUUCGACAACCUCUUCUUCCAGGCGCCCUUCCUCACCUGCUACUUUGUGGUGACGGGGUUCCUCGAGGGGCUCUCGCCCGCCGCCGUCUACCAUAAGACGCAGACCAACUUCCACGCCGCCUGGGCGUAUGGCGUCCUCCUCUGGGCCCCGCUGCAGACGGCCAACUUUUGGUUCGUGCCGGUCGGGCUGCAGCCUCUCGCCGUCAACAUCGUCAAUGUGUUUUGGAAGGGCUUCCUCUCCCUUCUCAACCACCGGCGCGACUACGGCGGCGACUCAGCGAAGGCGGCGCCGGCCGAGCACGCGGUCCGCCAGAGGGAGGCGCAGCAGCGGCUGCAGGUUGAGGAGCUAGAGCUCGAGCUCGCGUCGCAGAGGAAGGUCAUCCUCCGCCUGACCCACGAACUCGAGCUCUGCGAGAGCCAGAGCUCCUUCCAGGGUAGACAGCCGCCCCGCAUACGCGCCGCCGGUGCAGCUCCAGCUCCGCCGCCCGAGCUCGCCGCCUCCGGGGAAGGCGCAGAUGAGUACCAGCACGAGAAGCCGCCGCCCGCGCCGCCCCCGCCGCCGCCGCCGCUGGCUUGUGCCAGCAGCGGGGCCAGCUGACGUCGUCAAGACAAGCCCUUGCGCUCUCUGAUCAGAACCCAGCCUUCCGGCUUUUCUCUUCGUCUUCCGCACGACUCUUUCAGCAGCUACCAACUUUUUUGGUGGAAGCCAGGAAGGGGGCAGGUUUUGUUUUAGGCCAACGCUAGGUUGAGUGUGUUUGAAUUUGGAGCCAGCUUUCUCCGAGUGUCUCGAGAGGCGAGACAAAUUGCACCGACCACACAACGGCGGCGGUCGCGGCGGAGACCGGACCCCCCGCCCCCCCGGACGGCGGCGCCCGGCGGACCGGCCAUGAGCAUGACAAAAUACGUCCUAUGGCGCUGUGCGCUGGUCUAAGGAGCUUCAGAUGAACCGGGAGGAAAACAACGUAGGCAGUGGCAGUACAAAAGAAGGAGGGGGUGCCUCCAGGCGUGCCGGAGGAGGACCCUCCGGCAACUCGAGCCGCCGGAAUGCCGCCAGCCGGUGCCGCUCGCAGCAAUAGGACAAGUCGUUGAGCAUGUAGACGCUUCCGGCAAUAGCAACCCGGCACUCGGUGCAGAUUUUGCGGGCUGCGCGAGGAGGCGAAGCUGGUCGGAUCUGAGGUGCCACCAUCACGUCAGCGGUCGUGGGCGUUUCUUGAACAUCGAGAGCAGGCGCAGCCCACGAGCUCUCCUUCUGCCGAAUCGUCACAGCGCCAGGGCGUAGUCCCAAUCGAGCCUUGGGCUUGCCAAGAGGCUCUUGCGCGUUGCGUGCGAGCCGAUUCUCGGGCAU